ACACCCGUCACUAGUCUAUAUCUUCAUGUACACUGCAUAAGAUGAUUGAUGUAUCUCAGUGGAGAGCAAGUAUUGGACUGUGGAAUUACUGUUCCACUACAGUUAGCAGACUGGCUAAAGCCUACCAAUCUUCAUCUUGUCAAUAUCCAAAUCAUGUAGAUGAAAGUGAUACUGUAGUAGUCAUAAAAACAUCAUCAGUGCUGCUUACAACUCUCUUUCAUAUUACUGUCCUUUUCUUUUUCAUGAUUUCUUUUUGUAUCCUAUAUCUUCCAAAAGACACUGAGUGUCACUGUUCUCUGCACCAUUGUCAAUCUACGUGUACUUGUUUUACUAGCAUGAAUUCAAACUGGCAUGGACUGAUUGUCUUUUUCAGUCUACACCUACUAUUAUCAGGAGAUGUUGAGCUCAAUCCUGGUCCUAUGAUUGAUGAUCAACCUGAUAUCUUUCUAUUGCGUAAGUGGCUUGAACCACUUGUUGACUGGCAACCAUUUGGUCUUCUCUUACCUGGAAUAACACAACAGGACAUUGCCAUGAUUGCUAAGUCAGCAUUAGGCAUUGAAACUGAACAUCAAUCUCAGAAAUUGAUUCUUUACUGCAAAUGGAUCAAUAAACAUCCUGAAGCCAAGUGGAGAGAUGUACUUCAUGCAUUGACUGUGAGAGAGGAAACAGAAUUAGCACAAACUAUCAAAGAUAAGUUACAUGAAGGACAAUGCAUAGGAGGAGGUAGUGUGAAUGUUGCUACUUGUAAUUCAGUUGGUGUAUAUAAUAAAGAACCUGUUUCAGAUCUUGUGAAAGGUAAUCCUAACGAUAUAUUUCGGAGUCAUUCAGACAAGCUCACUGAUGCUGUUACUACUAAUUUGUACAGAUUGGCUGAUGCACUGCAUGCCAAAGGGUUGAUUCCACUAGAUACCAAAAGAGAUAUGUACUCAGUAUCAGGAGAUAAUGAAUUAAAGAAAGCUGGAAAGCUACUCAUAACACUACAAACACUUAUGAAAUCAUCACAACAUCCUGAACAGUACCUUAUUGAUGUCUGUCAUGUACUAGUAAACCAACAAAAUCAAGCAUUAACUGAUAUAGCUACCUCAAUGAUGAAGCAGCUAGGUCAUGAAUGUUUUGAAGCAGACAAGGUUAAUAGUUUACCACAUGUCGUCCAGCAAUAUGCAGACACUAUGAAGAAACAGUACAAGCAGCAGCCUGUUGUUUCUAACGACUGGCCACCAAGGAUUGGACAAGGAUUGUUCUUUGGUAGAUUAUCAGUUGUGGACAAGCAAGACUUGUUUGUUGCUCAAACUCUACAUCAGAAAUCGUCAUGGUUUAUGCUUAAAGGACAGAUUGAUAAAGUAGUAGAAAUGUGUGGAAGCAAAGAAUUUAAUGUAGAAGAUAUCCUUCAAUCAAAUGCUAACUCUUCUCCUCUAGUAGUAGCAAUUGACGGUGCUGCUGGUAUUGGAAAGACAACACUCUGUCGGAAACUGUUGAACAUGUGGGCCAAUGGAACUCUUUUACACCAGCACUAUGACUUGGUACUUUACUGUCCUUUAAGGAAUGGCAAGAUAGUUACAGCUAAGACACUAUCUGAUUUAUUUGUGUGUCAACGUUAUGAAGUCCCUAUGGUAGCUGAAUGGUUUGAGAAGAGGAAUGGAGAAGGAUUACUGAUAAUCUUUGAUGGUUGGGAUGAAUUAUGUGAACAAUACCGACACUCUUCAUUAGCUGCUAGCAUCAUUCGUAGAGAGCAGUUUGACCAAUGUUCAGUUAUUGUUACCUCUCGUAGCUAUGCCUCCUCUUCACUUUUAGAGUUGUCUUCUCUAAAUAAGCAUUUUGAAGUUACUGGAUUUACAGAGAAAGAAAUAUCAAUAGUUAUUAUCAAAACACUCCAAAACGAUUCAAAACUAGCACAAGAACUCAUUGAUUAUCAUAUGCACAUGAACUGUUAUUAUAACCACAGUGAUCACUGUGUUACCAGUGACGAUAUUGGACUUCAAGAAAUGCUUUCAAACAAGGACACACAACUAGCACUGAAACUCAUUCAAGAUCUUAAAAUGCGAAGUGACGUACGAUCAUUAUGUUAUGUACCCCUAGUGUUAUCAAUGGUAAUUUUAGUAUAUUCUAAAGAAGGAGGGCACUUACCAGCAACACUUACUGAACUGUAUGACAACUUCAUAUUACAAACAAUCAGAAGACAUGUUAAAAGACAAGAAGUUGAUCCUCGUACUUUAGGUAGUCUUUCUUCAUUACCAUCAAAAUUAGCUAAAUCAUUGCAAGAGUUGUGUCAAAUAGCUUAUAUUAACCUGGUUGAGGCAAAAAUGGCAUUCUCUUCACAUCAAUUACAAAAAUAUGAAGGAGCAGUGAAAGAGGAUUUUUUUGGAUUAAUGACAACAUUCAUAGAAUAUGAUGAGGAGAAAUAUCAGUUUCUUCAUUUGAGUAUACAGGAAUUUUUAGCUGCUUUGUGGAUAGCUAGAUACGAAAAGAAGACAGAGGAAGUGUUUAAGGAUCACUUUGAUGAUGAUCAAUUUCAAUUGUGUCUGAGGUUUGUGGCUGGCCUAACUCACCUUGAACAUGAGAGCUAUCGACAGUAUUUCAAUAAACAGAUUGACGUACAGUGCAGUAGAGCUCCUUUGUUUGGAUAUAAAGCAACUCAACGUUCCUGGUUUCAUCGAUCUUCUGAGAUUAAAAACAACAGUGGCUUCAUUUCAUCUGACAGCAAUAGAAACUUUCCUUCGUUUCUUUUGCAACUCAUAUAUGAGUCACAUAAUGCUAAUUUAUGCCAAUUAUUAGCAGAAUCAGUCAUUGGUACCACUUUAUGCCUCAGAAAAGUAAGGCUUUCAUUGUUUGAUUGGCUGUGUUUCAGUUAUUUUAUCAAUAAUUCAAAAUUAACAUGGAAUCACUUGUGCUUGGAAGAGCUAUUUGAUCAAACGCUAUCAGUUUUGACUGCUGGGUUGACUAAUAAAUCACUAAAGACUCAAUGUAAGAGACUAGAUGUAAAGCUCUGGCAUCCUACAACUGAAUCAAUACACAAUUUUUUGCAGUCAUCACUUUUUUAUAAUGUUCAGGAAUGUUACUGUGAACUUGAAAAUGGUCAAUUCGUUCCCUGUCUUGCAUUGUUACAGUUCUUUAGUACUCCUCUAUUGAAAGUACUUCACUUAACUUUACACAGACGCUCUCUUACUAGUACCAGCUAUCAAGAUGAGCACAUUGAACUUGAGAAGACAAUAGCAAAAAAUUCAACACUACAGGAGGUAAAGAUAAGUUGUAGCGGAAGAGAUAACCAAAUCACUGUAACUAUUGACAGCGUAAUCAAGGGAAUAAGUAGAAAUAGAUCAAUAGAAUCAUUUGUAAUCAAUAUUUCUUCAUACCCUCCUCUUCCUCCUCCUCUAUCCAAUCAAUCAAUUGAGCAACUACUAAAGGACAACAACACAAUACAGGCUCUUUCCAUAAAUAUUCAGGACAAAUUAUUCCCAUCUUCAUCACUACACAUAUCAAAAGUAAACACACCACUGACUGCUCUAGAAAUUGGAAAAAGCACUAACAUAUUGAUGGCAUCACUCAUUCCACAUAUUAAAGGAUUGCACUGUUUGAUACUACCAGAACCAUACCCAUUGCAUUUAUUAUUUCUUUCUCAUCCCAGUCUACGUACACUUGCUUUGCCACUAGACACAGCUGAGAGUGCUAUUGAACUAUUUACUAUCCUACAAACCAAUACUACACUUGAAGCUCUAAAACUGUGGGUACGUUAUGAAAAUAUUUGUAACAGCAGUAUGGGUACUAGUUUACAAGAUUUGUUAGCAGAAAACCAAACGCUGAAAAGCCUUGAGAUUGAAGGAUAUUUUCAUAAUUCAUUUCUGUCAUUUCUCUCUACUGGUAUCAAACAAAACUCAAGCCUUCAGCAGUUUACUUUAAAACACAUUCGAUUGCCUCUUAAUGAAGAGGUAUUACAAUUUUUCAGUGUCGUAGCUGGUAAGAAUAAUUUAACAGAGCUUGAAAUCUAUUUCAAACUUGAUAAUGAAUAUACCUACUGUAACUACGAGGAGAAAGAAUGUUUUAUGACACAAUUGUUUUAUGAACAAGGAUUACCUGCUGUUACCAACUUACUACAAUCAAGUUCAGCGAUCAAAAGAAUGAGAAUAGUGUGUGACUCUUACAGUUCAUCUGAACCUAAAUCAAAGGACUUUGUAAUAAUGUUUUAUGAAUCUAUUUUCACUCAUCCGUCACUGGAAUAUAUAGACAUUUGUACUAUAUAUAAUGCUUCUUUUCUACUUCAGAGAAUACUGAAAGAACAAAUCAAAGCACUGGUUAAGAUGCAUCAGCAAAAGCAACCUCACAAGCAAGUACCAAUAGUGAAUGUGGAAUGUAUAAUAACUGAUGUUGUCUGAUGUGUGCACUGACACUUUAAUUCACAAAUGAACACUGAAACAUUUUUCUGCUUGAUAUUAAGUGUUUAUCACUUCUUUGCUUAUUUUGAAACAAAAAGUAUUAGUUGAUAGUAAACUGUUGAGUUAGUUUUGACACAUUACUUAGAUUCACACAA